AGGAAUAAAAGAAAGAAGCCAUAGAAUUAGAGGGGAGGUCUGUUCGGCGCGAGUGGCGAGUGACACUUGAAAGCGCAGGCUCUCUUCCGUUGAGUUGAGUUGAGUUGUUCCAUAUGUUGUCCUGUUAAUAAAACCGACGAUUUUAGUAUUAAUAAUUAUUACUGCUCGUGCUCAGUUAGUAAUAACAGUGAUUAGACACAAAGACGAAGAAGGGAAAAAGAAAAGAGAAAUAAAGGAGAGGUUCCUUCCUGUUUUGCUGUGAACUGGAAGGAAGGAAGCUGAAGGUCAAUUGGGAUUCACCACUCUUGACACCCUGAAGCGAAAAAGGGAGAAAUCCAAGAAGCAAGUGCAUUGCAUUGCAUGCUGAGUGAGAGUUGGUGGAGAGUGAGCGUGGGAUUAAAAAAGGGAAUUCAAAAUUCAGCGACUGGGGUCAGGGGGUGACUUGCCCCAAUCUGGUGGUGAGUACAACCCUUAUCCUGUGGCGCGCAGGGUCAAUUCCAGCCACGGCAUGAUGAUCGAUGACGACAUGGAGGCUGGUUCUUUGGGGCCUUACCACGACAGGCCAAGAACUUUCCCCAACAUGCGCACCAAACCUUACACCCCACUGAUAUUUCGUAUUCUCCUGGGAAUAAAUGUCCGUGUUCUAUUCAUUCUUUUGCUCCUCGGAUUUGGGGCUAUCUUUUACAUGGGAGCCAGUACAUCUCCCAUCAUUGUGUUUGUCAUCUCUAUUUGUAUUCUCAGCUUCCUUGUGUCUAUAUAUCUUACAAAGUGGGUGCUUGCAAAGGAUGAGGGCCCCCCUGAAAUGGUUCAGAUAGCAGAUGCUAUACGAGAUGGAGCUGAAGGCUUCUUUAGGACCCAAUAUGGGAGUAUAUCCAAGAUGGCAAUGCUGCUUGCUCUUGUCAUUCUUUGCAUAUAUUUGUUUCGCAAUACGACUCCUCAGCAGGAAUCUUCUGGUGUGGGAAGGUCAACUUCUGCUUACAUCACUGUAGCUGCAUUCCUUUUAGGUGCCCUUUGUUCAGGGAUUGCUGGAUAUGUUGGGAUGUGGGUGUCUGUUCGUGCCAAUGUCAGAGUCUCUAGUGCUGCAAGACGGUCCGCAAGAGAGGCAUUGCAGGUAGCUACUCGUGCUGGCGGUUUAUCUGCUAUCAUCGUCGUUGGUAUGGCUGUAAUUGGGAUAGCAGUUCUUUAUGCCACAUUUUAUGUUUGGCUUGGCGUGGACUCACCAGGGUCGAUGAAAGUUACUGAUUUGCCUCUUCUUCUGGUUGGAUAUGGAUUUGGUGCUUCCUUCGUUGCACUGUUUGCUCAGUUGGGUGGUGGAAUAUAUACAAAAGCAGCUGAUGUUGGAGCAGACCUUGUUGGAAAAGUAGAACAGGGAAUACCUGAAGAUGACCCUAGGAAUCCUGCUGUUAUUGCUGAUCUGGUUGGAGAUAAUGUAGGAGACUGUGCUGCUAGGGGUGCUGAUCUUUUUGAAAGUAUUGCAGCUGAAAUAAUCAGUGCUAUGAUACUUGGAGGAACAAUGGCUCAACGUUGUAAAAUUGAAGAUCCAUCUGGCUUCAUCUUGUUUCCUCUUGUUGUCCACUCAUUUGAUCUGGUAGUUUCCUCGGUUGGAAUAUUUUCAAUUAGGGGUACACGUGAAUCUGGAGUAAUGGCUCCAAUUGAGGAUCCAAUGACAAUUCUUCAGAAAGGAUAUUCUAUUACAAUAGUUUUAGCUGUUGUGGCGUUUGCUCUGUCUACACGGUGGUUACUUUAUACUGAGCAAGCACCUUCAGCAUGGUUCAAUUUUGCUUUGUGUGGGCUCGUUGGUAUUAUUACUGCUUAUGUUUUUGUCUGGAUCACUAAGUAUUAUACUGACUACAAGCAUGAACCUGUGCGCACAUUAGCCCUUUCUAGCUCCACUGGUCAUGGGACUAAUAUAAUUGCUGGAGUCAGUUUGGGUCUUGAGUCAACUGCUCUUCCUGUCCUUGUCAUCAGUGUAGCAAUUAUCUCAGCUUACUGGCUGGGCCAAACCUGUGGACUAGUAGACGAGACAGGAAACCCAAUUGGUGGGCUGUUUGGCACAGCUGUAGCAACUAUGGGAAUGCUUAGCACUGCAGCUUAUAUUCUGACGAUGGAUAUGUUUGGCCCAAUAGCUGAUAACGCUGGAGGCAUUGUAGAGAUGAGUCAGCAGCCUGAAAGUGUCCGAGAGAUCACCGAUGUCCUCGACGCUGUAGGAAACACAACAAAAGCCACCACCAAAGGAUUUGCCAUUGGUUCUGCUGCUCUUGCAUCUUUCCUUUUGUUUAGUGCUUAUAUGGAUGAGGUUGCCGCAUUUGCUCAUCAACCUUUUAAACAGGUUGAUAUUGCAGUUCCAGAAGUUUUCGUCGGUGGGUUGUUAGGUUCCAUGCUUAUAUUUGUCUUUAGUGCUUGGGCAUGUUCUGCUGUUGGCCGAACUGCGCAAGAGGUUGUUAAUGAAGUAAGAAGGCAGUUCAUUGAGAGGCCUGGUAUAAUGGACUACAAGGAGAAACCAGACUAUGGUCGCUGUGUUGCUAUUGUAGCUUCGGCAUCAUUGAGAGAGAUGAUAAAACCUGGUGCUUUGGCAAUCAUUUCACCUAUUGUAGUUGGUUUCCUGUUUCGAAUUUUGGGUUACUACACAGGGCAUCCCUUACUUGGGGCUAAAGUUGUGGCAUCUUUGCUGAUGUUUGCAACUGUAGCUGGCAUUCUUAUGGCACUUUUCCUGAACACAGCCGGUGGUGCCUGGGAUAAUGCAAAGAAGUAUAUAGAGACUGGCGCUCUUGGAGGCAAGGGGAGUGAUGCUCACAAAGCAGCUGUAACAGGAGACACAGUUGGAGACCCUUUCAAGGACACAGCUGGUCCCUCGCUUCAUGUUCUCAUAAAGAUGCUGGCAACGAUUACGCUUGUAAUGGCUCCAGUGUUCCUGUGAUGUGAGAGUUGAUAUCUCUGCUGCGGCCAAUUUGAUUUUGAUAAUUUUGGAAGCAUAGGGAAGGGAUGGGAUAGGUUAUAUGCUUAUAUCUAUCAAUAUAUGAUGUGCAUUGAAUCGAAGAGCCUGCCUGAUUUUACAUCGUCAUGUAUACGGAAUUGUCCUGUCCUUCAUCGCUUGUGGGAAUAAAUAUUUUAAUUGACUGAACGUGGAGUGAAGUAGACAAAUAGUAAUGAGAAAUGAGGACCAUAAUUUUGGGUUUUGAUUGAAUGAUGGCAUCAUGUAUGUUGACUUGUUAAUGACAUUUUUUUUUAAA